UUAUAAGCCCCCGUUGGUCUCGCCUUCCGUGUAAGCUCCUCAGCCGAGAGAGUAGAGAGAGAGAGAGAGAGAGAGAGAGAGAGAGGCGUCAUCCCCGUUCCUGAAUUUGGAGGAUACGAUACUUCUUAUUUCAACAUGGUUGGCGAGGAAAGAGGAAGGCAGGCCCCACGGCCCACGCUUACGCCGCCAUUGUCGCUUGACAAAGGCUUAGCCGCGGAGCACCGGCCACCUAAUCUGUUCCAACGAGUCAUUAGCCUUUUUCGUAACGUACGACCAGGAUCUGAUCUUACCAAUUUUCAGCUUCCUCCUCUUUUCAACAUGCCAAAAUCACAGCUUCAAUGCUAUGGUGAAUCAGUUUACUGCAUCAGCGAAGAUAUUUUGACGAAAUGUGCUCGAGGUACAAACAGCCUUGAAAGAUUUGUUACUGUAGUCGCCUGGGCAAUAUCAACAACCAGGCCUGUCAUCUUCGGCUGGGCUCCUUUCAAUCCUGUUCUUGGUGAAACUCAUCAUGUCUCUAAAGGAACCCUUAAUGUCCUUCUGGAGCAGGUCUCACACCACCCUCCUGUUUCUGCAUUACAUGCUACUGAUGAAGAAGAGAACGUAGAACUGAUUUGGUAUCAUUUCCCUGUUCCCAAGUUUCAUGGAAAAAGUAUCAAGGCUAGUGUUAAUGGAAAGCGAUAUUUGAGGCUUCUAAGCCAUGGAGAAAGCUAUGAAAUGAAUUCCCCAGACCUUUACUUCAAUCUACUUCCAGUUCCUGGAGCUGAUUGGGCUGGCACCGUUUCAAUUGUUUGUAAAGAAUCAGGGCUUGAGGCUGAGUUGAUCUUCUACAAGGGCAACUCUUUCUUAGGUUUUGGUGGGAAUUCUAGAUUGAUCAAAGGCAAGGUUUUUUACUCCAAAUCAUCAAAAAUCAUCUAUGAGAUAGAUGGUCAAUGGGACAGAAUUAUUUUCUUGAAGGAUGUCCAAAACGAGAAGACCUCAGUUCUAUAUGAUGCUGGACAAACCAUUCUAAACCUCAACACUCCAAUCGUAAAAGAUCCAGAGGGAGUAAAACCAACAGAAUCAACAGUGAUAUGGGGUGAGGUAAGCAAGCAUAUACUGCAAGGGGAUUGGGAGAAGGCAAGAGAGGAGAAACGAGAGGUGGAGGAAAGGGAGAGGAGGCUAAGAAUAGAUAGGAGCUAUAAAGGGGAGAUUUGGGUUCCAAAACAUUUCAAGGUUUCUCAAAACAAGGACGGCCAGUGGGAGUGUUGGCCUUUGGAUCACUCAGUUCCACCAUCUCCAAUUAUUGUUCCUCCAUGAACAAAGAGAGGGAGGAGAAGAACCAAAUUAGUAGAAAGAAUGAGAAUAGUUGAUAUUGGAGCUUCUUUUCUUCUUACUUAAUUUAAUUCAGCUUUUUCAUAGACACUAAGUUAAUGUAAUAUGGCUAACUAUAUGUAUGCUAUUAAAGGUAAAAUAUUUUGAACUCCUAGCCCUUAUAGAAAGGAGUUCCAUUUAGCUUAGGUUCUCUUUGUUGAUGUAAGGAUUAGUGUCUAAGGAAGGAUUGAGCUACAUAUUUUUUGAGUUUUCUCAAACUUAUCCUCUUUAUUCUCAAAGCUACAUAUUUUAUUGUGUAGUUAUACUUCUCUCCAACUUCUAAUG